CGAUAGCGCACAGGUUCUGCUCCCUUGCUGUUGCUACCGACGCACAUACACUGUUAGGGCAAGACAGCCUUACGGCACAUCGCAAUGGACGAGACGCACCCAGCGGCGAAGCUCGCUGCGCGGCGGCCAGAUUGGGAACUACCACAGCUUCACAGCGGUCUGCAGCUUGCGCCCUUGGAUGUGCUGUACACCAACAAAGAGCGCAUCAAAUGCCCGAAAUGCGGCCGCUCCCGAGCCCACUACUGCUAUGACUGCCUGCAGCCGCUGGUUCCCUUCCCGACCGUGGCGCUGCCCUUCCGCGUGUCCAUCGUGACACACCACGAGGAGAAGGCGUCCAAGAACACGGGGGUGCAGGUGGCAAUUCUGGCGGCGGGGCAGGUGGACCUGCACAGCAUGUCCGCUGUGCCAGCCGACGUGGACGUCUCCCGCUGCGCCGUGCUGUUCCCGUGCGAGGAGGCGCUGGAGGUGGGGCAGCUGCAGCCCGACUCCAUCGACCGGCUCUUCAUCAUCGACUCCAGAUGGAAGAAGGCGGGCGAGCUGGUGCGGUCGGAGCAGUUCCGCGGUAUGCGCGCAGUGCGGUUGAGCGCCACCCGCAGCGCCUUCUGGCGCUUCCACACGCGCGGGGUGGCGGAGGAGGGCGUGUGCACGGUGGAGGCGCUGUACUUCCUGCUAGAGGCGAUGGUGCAGCAGGGCAAGCUGACCGACCCACGGUUCACUGCGCCGCACGCGUUUGACAACCUGCUGUGGUACUUCGCCUACCAGCACCAGGUGGUGCAGCAGGCGGCGCAGAAGCGGCUGGCGCAGGAGACGGGAGCCGGGGACCAGCAGCAGCAGCAGCAGGGGAAACAGGCAGAAGGAGGCGCCGAUGAGGAUGCGGACGCGGGCGUCGGUACGGGGGGUAAGAGCAAGCAGCAGCAACAGCAGCGGCAGAAGCAGCAGCAGCAACAACAGCAACAAAAGGGGCAGCAGAAGCCAAAGCAGCAGGGGCAGCAGAAGCAGCAGGGGCAAGGGCGGAAAGGCCGGGGUCAGCAGCAAGGGCAAGGGGGUGAGGGUCAGCAGAAAGAGGGCGAAACGGAGGGGCAGGGCGCUGGUCCCCAUGUGAUACCGGUAGAAGGCCCAGCGGCCCAGGAGGCUGCUGUGGCGGCAAGGGACGUCGCUCCGGCGCAGGCGGGGUGUGCUGCUGUUGCUGCAUGCGGGGGAGCCCAGCAGCAAGCAGCAGAGCAGGAGGGACAGCAGCAGCAGCAGCAAGAACAACAGCGGCAAGAACAACAGCGGCAAGCUGCAGGCGAGGGCUGCAGCACAGGGGACGCCGGGGAGGGCGCCGAAACGGGGCAGGUGGCAGAGGAGGCGGGGGCUGGAGCGGGGGCGUUGAAGGGAUCGGAUGCGGUCGCCGACUCGGCGGCUGGAGCGGCGGAGGAAGAUGGUCGCGAGGUGGAAAAUGAUGGCGGGGAAAAGGAGGCCAAGCGUGCACGUGUGCUAUGAUGCUCGGGAUGGCAGGACGAGCUCCCAGUUCCUGACAGGUGCAGGGCGCGCGGCGGAGUCACCGGGGCGCCGUGUGCGUUUACGGACGGCGUAUGAGCGCUGUGGCGGACGUGUACACAGCAAGCGUGCACGUCCUGCGGGGCCUGAGGCAGCGGCGCACGGUGCAGAUGAGGCCUACUGUAAAUCCUUUAGUGUAACUCUUAAUACAUG